AUGAAUACAACAGAAGAACAGAUAUUGAUGAAAAAUUUUGAUAUUGAAAAAUUUAUUUUUGAUCAAUCAAAACGAAUAUUUUUAUUAAGGGAAAAUAUUUUAGCUAUAAAUAAUCGUAUGGUUGUCAAUUUGAAAGAAAUUAUUGAACAGCUGAUGUAUGAUACAAAUUAUUUGCCAAUAACAUCACAAAGAAUGCUUUUAUUUGAUCUUUGUAAAGAGAAAAUAAUCGAAUUGUUUCCAAUGGAUUUGAAUGUGAAUAUGAAUAAUGAUGAUCAACAUACGAAUGAUUCUCCAACAUUAAUGAUACCAUUGAAAAUGCAAAAAAUAAUAUGGCCUUCAGAUUUUAAUAUUUUUGCACAAAUAGUUUAUGAUAGAAUCAAGAGAUUAAUAUUACCAAAUCAUGAUCAAAGUACGUCCAAUAAUAAUGAUGAUGAUGAUGGUGAUGAAACUACCAAUGUAAUAUAUACGAAGCAAAAAAGAAUCGGAUUAAUGGCCUUUUGUCGACAGCAACGAAAAUUAGAUUUCGUUGACCGAUUAUUAUAUCAUGAGAUGUUAAAUGAACAGCCACAAUGGUUAUGGUCAUAUUUUUCACCAGAAAUGAUGAAACAGAUUAAAAAUGAAUUAUGCAAUACGAUUAUGGACGAUAUCAUAAAUAAUUGUAUAUAUGAACAAUGUAUUCGAAUCAUUAGUUGAUUAUUAUCAUCAGAUUUUUUUUCUCUCCAAUAUUUUUAUUCGGUUUUAUUGACCACAAACACAUCAAUAUAUAUGUUAUAUAUCGAAUUACAGCGAAAAAAAAAUCACAUGUCAAUCAAGAAAUGAAUACUGAAAAGAAGACGACGACAUCAUCAUUGAUGAUAUUUUUUUUUGCUUGUUUAUUUCUCAUCAAAAAAAAAUUUCUACCAACAGUAUCAAUUAGGUUAACGGAUAUCGAGUGGAAAAAAUCGAAAACAACCUAACAUGUCAUCGGAUCAGAUUUAUUUACUAUAUAUUGAU